AUGAAGGCUUCUGACACAUUCCUCAUCCUCAUCCUCCUGUCCAGGACUGUGUGUGUGUCAGGGAGGACUGCCAAAGCUACAUUGGAGGAAUGGAUCCAAUACAGGAAUGAAUGUGAACUCCGGAUGAAGACAGAGCCCAAGCCCAUAGGAGUGUAUUGUCCUCCUUCGUUUGACAUGUACGCCUGCUGGUUAUAUGGAAACCCUAACUCCACAGUCAAGGUGCCCUGCCCCUCGUUCUUGCCCUGGUACAACCAAGUGCGUAAUGGUUUCGUGUUGCGGGAAUGUGGCCCUGAUGGUCAGUGGGCAACCAGCAACUCCAGCCCCACCUGGAGGGACCAUUCCCAGUGCAGCGCUGACAACAGGCAACAAGAAGCUGAGGAGAAGCAGAUGUUGAUCUUCAGAUUCUUCAGAAUAAUGUACACAGUGGGAUACUGCCUCAGUCUGGCCAGUCUUUCCCUGGCUCUGAUUAUUCUGCUGCUAUUCAGGAAGCUGCACUGCACCAGGAACUACAUCCACAGCAACUUGUUUGCAUCGUUCAUCCUGCGAGCUGUUUCAAUCUUGAGCAGAGAUGCCCUGCUGAGCACAGACACUCCUGAGUUCAGGGACGACAGGAAUGUCUCCGAAGUACUCAGUGAUCAGGAAGUGUCCAGCUGCCGUGUGGCUCAGGUGCUGAUGCAAUACUGCGUGGGAGCAAAUUACUACUGGCUGCUGGUGGAGGGCCUGUAUCUACACAAUCUGCUGGUGCUGAUGGUGUUCCCUGAAAACCGCUACUUCUGUGGCUACCUACUUAUAGGCUGGGGCACUCCAGUGUUAUUUGUUGUUCCUUGGAUUAUUGUACGUUACCUGUUUGAAAACACAAGGUGUUGGGAGAUGAACGAGACCGUGGAGCACUGGUGGAUAAUCCGCACUCCCAUCCUGUUGGCCAUUCUGGUGAACUUCUUCAUCUUUAUACGCAUCAUCCAGAUCCUUAUAUCCAAACUGAAGGCCCAUCAGAUGAGAUACACCGACUACAAGUUCAGAUUGGCCAAGUCCACCCUGACCCUGAUCCCUCUGCUGGGGAUCCAUGAAGCGGUCUUUGCAGUGUUGACAGAGGAGCACACAGAGGGCAUCCUGCGCAAUGUCAUCCUCUUUUUUCAGCUCUUCUUCAGCUCUUUCCAGGGUUUACUUGUAGCCGUCCUCUACUGUUUUCUCAACAAGGAGGUGCAGGCAGAGAUAAAGAAGAAGUGGCAGAGGUGGAAGCUGGGAAUGACAGACCUUGACGAUCUGAGAAACACUGGCAGCAACACACCACAGGUGGGCGCCAACGCUGCAGCCUGUCAUAUGAAUGAAUACACAUUGUUGGUGCCAGUGUGCCAGUAUCCAAGCAUUGCUACCAUCCCUGCCUCCCAAUCGCACGUUGCCUAG